AUGCCCAUCAGAGCCCUUGUUGAUCUCCCGUACUCAGUCUCAACAAGCUCCUGUUUCCUCAUUGUGCUUUCAAUGUCUUCAACUCCUUGUAUUAAUUUGCUGAAAGGAUCGCCUGCCACGGCUCGUCUUCCCACCCAGCGCCUAAGUGAUGCUGCAGUAUCGGCAUUGUCGAAGUUGGAAGUCACAGUAACCGGCUUGGACUAUGGGCCGGAUGAAGGUCACUUUCCACUCAGGACUCAUCUUGCCGAGUGGCUUACGGGAUACUACAAACCCUCUCAGCUGAUUAAAGCGGAUCGGAUCUGCGUAACCGGAGGAGCGAGCCAGAACUUGUCGAAUAUCCUGCAAGUCUUCACUGAUCCAUCGCAAACAAGGUACAUAUGGAUGCCGCAGGCGUCCUAUCAUCUUGGAUUCAGAAUCUUUGAGGAUGCCGGGUUUUACCGCAGGUUAAGGGCUGUUUCCGAGGAUGAGGAGGGGAUGGACAUGGAGUUUCUUGAACGCGCUCUUGCUAAAGACGGGGCGGUUGCAGAGAGGGCAGAAGGAUACAAGCAUCCCGAAAGCUACAGGAAGAUAUUUAAACACGUCAUUUACUGCGUGCCUAACUUCUCCAAUCCCACAGGCAUCACCAUAUCUCUUCGAAGGCGAGAGGCUCUUGUCCGCUUAGCUCGCAAAUUCAAUGCUCUAGUAAUUUGUGAUGACGUCUAUGACUUUCUGCACUGGCCCGCCACUCAUUGUUCAGAUAAUGGGAAUUCAUGGGGAUCCAUCCUACCUCGCGUUGUCGAUCUGGAUCGGACGCUUGAUGGUGGACCACGAGAUAGCUUCGGUAACGUCAUUAAAUUACCCCAGCCACUCACUGCUCGGAAUGUCACUGAGAGAGCACUGCGGGAGGAGAAUCUGAUGGUCGGAAAUGGCGACCUGUUUGUCGUCCCUGGGGAUCAAUUCUCAACGUAUCAGGAUCAACGUUUGAGACUUUGCUUUGUGUGGGAGAACGAAAGAGAAUUGGCCGAGGGAGUCAGUCGGUUGGAGAAGGUGCUGGUCAGGAUGCUCAAUGAAGAAAAGAGCUAA